AUGUGUCUCAAUCAUUUUGUUCAUUGGCCAUCAGCUGUAUUCGCGCUCCUUCUUCGUCUGGCUGUGCGAAUCUUCCAGAACACGUUCAACGCCGGUACAAGGUGGGGUUUCGGCACACGAUUUGGGGUGGGAGACAGGGAAGCCGUCAUGGAAACGACACCUUUACUUAAGCAAGACCACUCUAGUGCCUAUCAACCCCAUCGCAACAUGAACUACCUUGCCAUCCCACACACACCAUCAGCCUUAUCGAAUCUUCAUAACCCGAAUCUUCAUAACCCGCCGCUUCCGCUUGCACCCAACAUCGGCUCCAGACGCUCGGCCCUCGCGUCCCUGCAGUCGGGUACCUUAAAGCUCGAGUCUUCCCUGGCUUUUAUGCAAAUUUCACAAUCAGGCAAUAGUUCACACAACAUGAACAUAUCUAGUACCGAGAGGCAGUCGCUACGUGCCAUACUUUCUCCCGUGUAUGAGGACUUGGAAAAGCUCAAAACCCUGACACCCGAAAGUCUGCCGCCCUAUAGCCCACACGUUCGAGCCAAGAGCCACGCUCAGAUCCUCAAGCACAAGCUUCUACCUAUUGGUCGGUUCAUUGUCACCUAUCUCGAUCGUGUACCAGAACAAGGUCGAGGGGCCCUGGAGCUGCAAUUGUGUCGCCUCAUCGCUAUGGAAUACUGGCCACUGCCUAUUGAAGACUUCACUCAUUUGAAGGUCCAGGAAAUAUAUCGAAAUGCCCUCUUCAAGAUUGGCCAGCACAGGGCAAUUAUUUCAGCAACGGACCAUCACCCAACGAGUCCACUGCCGGGCCAUUCACUUGCCAACCCAUUUUCUCCCACAAACCCACCAUCUUCCAGCUCGGCCAACGACACAGAGAUGGACACUGGCGGUGGCAAGUCUCCAGACCGUAUGCACCAGCUCAACUAG